AUGAGUGCCAAUGCCCAUCGCGGCUUACCGAGGUUCGCCGACACCCGUCCUGGCGGCCCUAGCAGGACCAACUCGCCUGCUCCUGGAGCUACCCCGAAACAACCCAGCCGUGAAAGGCAAGAGCAGAUGUUAUCGUCGGCUCAACGCAAUCAGUACAAGACACCCUUUCAAUCUACCCAAUCCACUCACCAAGGAACCCCUCUCCCUCCUCGCCGGACAGCGGGACGCCCACAAGACUUCGAAGAUGAUGAAACCCCGGUCGCUGUUCGAAGGCAACCCUCUUUCAAUACCUCCUCGCAACAACCCGAAAGACUUGCCUCGACAUCCAAAUCCAGACCCGAAUCCCAGUCUCGUGAUCGACUCAUGCCCUCUCCAAAUAUCCGAUCGCCGACGACAAGUAUGAACCAAGGAUCAACAGCUCGUCAGCUCACCUUCAUCACGAGUCAGCUGGCAGGAAUGACGGCCACCGUGGCCAGGCUCUGCGAAGAGCUCGCCACGCUGAAACCGUUGCCUGCAAAGGUCCAGGAACUCAAGAGUCGAGUCAGGGUUCUGGAAGAGCGUUUGGCUGAUUUCGAAACCGCACCUACCAAUGUCGCACAGCCGGCUUUGGAUGAUGAGGCAGCUAAGGUAGAAAAGGAUAAAGUCGCAUGUGGGAGGAUGGUCAGAGCGGCGGCCGAGCUGGCGUAUGGAUGUCGUCCGGGAUCGAGCGAUGCGUUGAAGUACCCACGAGAUGACGCUUGGCCGACGUUGGGAGAGGUUGAGGGCGAGGGGGAUCCGGCGAUGCGAUGGGAUUUGGACGCUGCUCUGACUGCUGAUCACAAUAGUCGGGAGACAAACAAGCUCGUCAACAUCCUGAAGAACCAGCGCUCAUCUGUUGCCCUUCCGAACGACAUCCCUCUCGAAUCGGUUCCGCAGUAUAAGGAAGCGACCAACCUUUACAAUGCCGCCAUUACGAAUUUCUUCAAGCAGCUGAGGAAUGCGUUCCAUCGCGAGAUGCUCAAGGAAUGGGGAACCGUCGGGCGUGAGAAGGUUAUGGCGGAGAUAGCGGAGCUCGAGAAAGAGUUGCUUACCGCAGGGGAAGCCGGGUACGACGACAUCAAAUCGAGGAUCAAAGAGAAGAAGAGUUUCGUCAAGGUCACCGACAAGAAGGCGGCGGAUGCAGAAGAAGAUGUGAGGGGGAACGUACGAUCGAAAGCCCAAGGGAUAAGCAAGCGAAUCCAGCAGAGGAGGCCACUCGUCGAGACAUACAGCGGGCCAGAGUGGAGCGGGAUGGACAGUCAAUACGCAGCAAUUCCUCUGAUGUGCCGGAAGCAGCCAGACGACAAACUGGCUUACUACUGGCCGGUGAAAGACACCGUUUACAGUCCCGCCAUGCUGGCCGCUUGGGAUGCCAUCUGGGAUGCGAAGACGCCUACGACCAAGGGAUACACGCGGGGCGCAGUUAUCAGCGAACCCGACGAUACUGUAGAGGUAGAGGAGGCCGUUCCAUACCUCCCUUCGGAUUGGGAGUUCUUGCAUCUAGCUCCCCAGCGCUGGAUGUUUCGUCGAGCCUGGUUGAUCGCCCAUCCCGAGUUGAAGGAUCAGAUCGCGCCCUUCGACCAGCCGACCGACAUCGAGGAGGUGAAGAAUAGCGAAUGGGUCCAGAACCAUCCUUGGAGGAUCAGGGGGAAGGGCGGACGGAAGGCGGGUGCCAAGCGCGGUCUAUCUCAAGACUCCUCGGGCAUGGAGACUGGACGCAACCGCAGUCGAUCAGUCAGCCACACACCCUCGCUCCAACCGGUGGAUGAGGACGAUCGUGAUAGUCAGAUGGCCGCUUUCAAGAACAAAAAGAGACGACUCAAUACGACGACUGCUGCAAGCUCCAGUCAGAUGUCACGUACCCCCGAGAACACCGGGCUUGUCAUCCCUCCGGGCGGAUUUGAUGAAGACGAGGAGCCGGAACAGGAGGACAACGAGCAGGAGGACGGGAUGAAUCAGGGCGAGAGCUUCCAGGAAUCACAGUUCCCCACAGGGACUUACACUCAAUCGCAAACAGCAUAUCAGCCUAGCCAGGAUCCCUUCCGAACGAGUCUGCAACACGAUUACAACACCUUUCGUCAGCGUCAGCUCCAAAACAAUUCGACUUCGCGACAGCCACCGGGACCCACCUUGUAUGAACCCGACCACGACGACAGUGGUGUCAUGACUGAUGGCUCGACUUACAACCCAUACCAAUUUACGACCAACAUGCAAGAUCAAGCCGCGAACGACAAGAACCCUAUGAAUUUCAACGACUUUGACGAAACCCAGUUCCCGAAUUUGAUGUUGUCGUUGGACCCGAAGGUCAUCGAACAGCUCGGUUGGAAGUAG